GUGCGGCGAAACCGAUCAAAGUGCGGAAGUUCAUUUUCAGCAAGAAGAUCGAGGUUGAUGCUCUCAAGAAAGCCAGAAUGGAGGAGUUUCAAAUGUCAACGUUGAAGGAUCUCCUACAUUACAAUGGAAAAAGAGAUUAUCUGGAAUUGGUGUCAAAGUUUGUGUCUGAAAAUAGACUUAAAGAAAUCAGUCUGUGUAGACCAGUUGGAGCCAAACUGAUCAUUGGACCAGUGGAGGACACAGAGUAUGAUGACAGUCCUGCAGUGGUGAACGGAUGGGGAAAGUUUUAUCUUCCCAAAACAACAGAGAUGAAGGUUAUUGGCUAUGCAAAGGGAACUUUGUACCCAUGUGACCAGCUUGUCCUGAUGACCUGUGAGAAAAAGAAGGUGUACGGCUUUGAUGGAGAGGACCUGCAUCUGGUGGCUUUCAGCCUGGAUCAGAUGCUCACAAAGGGAAUAGCCGAUCCAGCACUCCAGAGUUUUUAUCGUGGGGAGCCCUUCAAAGACGUGACCAAAGAGGACUGGGAGGAGGUGAAGCAGAGCCCUGUGGGGAAGAAGCUGGAUGAGGAGCAUCGUCAACUGGUGGCUUCUCACAUAUCCACCAUCCUGCAGAAUCUCAAUAUCAUCAGAUCAAAACAGAGGCGUCAUCAGGAGAAUGGCAACAUCCUCCCCAAAAGCAACGUGACUCAGUUGCAGAAAGUUGGAGUGUGACUAAGUUUUUCAUUCAUGCAGCUCAANUUUUAAAGGAACAA